GUUUUAAUGGGGGUUUGGGUAAGGUUAGCGCAUAUGCCGGCAAAUCCGACUUUGCGCCUGUCAUGUGUUUGACAAAACCCUGACCCUGAAACAUUUUUUAAAAAUACAGCUGUAAAAUAAAGCUAAUUAGCACAAUCUAUGUUCCCCAGUUAAAAACAUCGCUCCCCAAGGUAUUUCUUCACAGUCCAGCCAUUUUGGAAGCAGGCUAGAAGCUAGAACAGCUAUUGAUGGAUCUUUGGCCAGUAAUUACCUGCUAGGCGAAUGCACUCACACGAAAAAAGAAAAGAAUCCGUGGUGGAAAUUAGACUUAAAAUCCAAAAUGGUUGUACAGUCAGUCGCCAUCACCAACCGUGGUGACUGCUGCCGAGAAAGGAUCAAUGGGGCAAAGAUCCUAAUUGGGAAUUCUGCAGAAAAUGGAGGCAUUAAUAAUCCCAGGUAACAAUGUAUGAUUGAGUAACUCUUGAUUAAAAAUGAUAUGUAAUUACAUUUUUAUGUGGACCUCUGGGUGCUCACCAGAUUGCUUUUCUUCAAAUAAUUUUACUCAUGGACUGUCCUAUGUAAUUCUUGAAUUUUAUUCAUGUAACACACCAAGGACCUAGAAACGUAGCAGCUUGCUACAGGAUUAUUAUUGAAUUGAGAAAUGUUGGGAAUUUAAACUGAAUUUAAAGUGAAUAUUAGAUUUUAGAUCACAAUACCCGAACUGGAUGCACAGCUCACUGGAAAAUGAUAUUCAAUUCUAUUUUGACAUUUGAUUUUAAAUUUGCUUUGAAUUCCCGACAAUUCUCAUUAUUUUAGUAAAUAACCUGGUGCGAUUCUCUCUCCAUAUAUCUUUCUUGAUAUAAUUUACAGAAAAAUAUUCAGGCAAAUUAUUUAACAUAAAACAUGCUGGAAUUUCUUAAUGAAAAUGGACAGCAGCAGCCCACACUUGGAACCAUUUCAAACAAGUUUUAGCUAACUUGGUUCAUGGAGGUUUUCCUGGCACUUAGGACCCACAUGAUCUAAUUAAUGGGACCAGUCUGAAGUGACCAUGGAAAGCCAUAAGUUAACCAAAACCAGUUUCAGAAAUGCCAAUGUAAAAAUAAUUCUGUAUGGUAAGCUAUUUCACUUUUGUUCAAUAUUCAUGACUGCAUAUGAUACUUUUGUUGGGAUUUAUAACCUAUGUGGUUAUAUCAAUGCCCCUCUAGUCUAUCUGCUUUAUUCCUAUUCAUUGUGUAAUAACAAUUACUGAUAAAACACAUUUCUGUAUUCAGUUUGCUGGGCUGUAAGUGUAUCGGUUAAAAAUACAUUUUCAGUGAUAUAACUCAAAAACAUAGUUCAUCAUCUCUUUGAGAUAAUUUAAUAUAACCUUCAAUCAUUAUCUGUUUUCUAGAUGUGGAUUUGUGUACAAGAUGUAUUAUGGAGAAACAAUGUCCUUUAACUGUAAAGGGAUGGAGGGACGUUAUGUUACUGUAACUUUACCAGAUAUUGAAGAGUUCCUAUCAGUAUGUGAAGUCCAAGUGUUUGCGCAUCCUGCUAAAAUACAAGGUAGGUUUGUGUGUGUGUAUGUGCGAUAAUAGAAAAUGUAUUCAUACUUACCGAUAUUUUCUUUUCCCGGAUAUAGGCCAUGGCAGCACUACAGCUGGGUAUAGCUCCUCCCACUCUCAGAUUGGGCAAGAACACCUCCUAAUUAAACAAAUAAAAGAGAGAUCAUACCCCUAAGUCCCCAGUCUUAAAGGACCACUCUAGGCACCCAGACCACUUCAGCUUAAUGAAGUGGUCUGGGUGCCAGGUCCAGCUAGGGUUAACCCAUUUUUUCAUAAUUAUAGCAGUUUCAGAGAAACUGCUAUAAUUAUGAAUGGGUUAAGCCUUCCCCCUAAUCCUCUAGUGGCUGUCUCAUUGACAGCCACUAGAGGCGCUUGCGUGCUUCUCACUGUGAAAAUCACAGUGAGAGCACGCCAGCGUCCAUAGGAAAGCAUUGUAAAUGCUUUCCUAUGAGACCGGCUGAAUGCGUGCGCAGCUCUGCCGCGCGUGCGCAUUCAGCCGGCGGGGCGGAUCGGAGGCGGAGAGGAGGAGAAGAGCUCUCCACCCAGCGCUGGAAAAAGGUAAGUUAUUACCCCUUUCCCCCUUCCAGAGCCGGGCGGGAGGGGGUCCCUGAGGUAUGUUUUCCUGGCACUAUAGUGGUCCUUUAAUCCCUAGCCACAAACAAACAAAAAGGGCGGGAUCAUUGUGCUGCCAUGGCCUAUAUCCGGGAAAAGAAAAUAUCGGUAAGUAUGAACUAAUGUUCUAUUUUCCCGGACAUAUCCAGGGCAGCAAUACAGCUGGGUAAUACCCAAGCUAAAAACAAAAAGGAUGUCAGGUAUAGCAUGGCAUGUAUUUCGUCGCCGGAACCCACUUCCGGGUUCACGGCGCUCAGCCCCGCCCUUUUUUCUGACGCGGUCCCUCCACGAUACUUAGGAAGACCGCGCCAGAUUCAAAGGGCUGGAUUAUUCGCACAGGUGCUGCAGGAAGAUCAGCUGCUCUACUUUUGAUCCUACCUGCUCCACUUCUAUACCUCGGCUAGUAAACGGAUUUCUACCUUCUCCACUUCUCGACCUCGGCUAGUAAACGGAUUUCUACCUUCUCCACUUCUCGACCUCGGCUUGUAAACGGAUUUCUACCUUCUCCACUCCUAGACCUCGGCUUGUAACUCUGAAUUCUACCUUCUCCACUCCCAGACCUCGGCUUGUUAAAACGGACUUCCCCACUCUCCACUCCUAGUUCUCAGCUUGUUGAAACGGACUUCUAAUUUCUCCUUCAUUGGGUGAAUUAACCCUUCCAGUGCCAGAACUGCCUUUAAGUUAAGUAAUACUUUUACCAAACAAGCCAAUUCCUAUUAUUUAUGUUACACAGUAUCUAAAACUCACUAAAGUGUCACUUUGUCUAAUUAUUCCUCUUAUUCAUAAGGGAUUGCUACAAAGCCUAAUUUUACCUUCAUGUGUAUUUAAAGGUACAGUGACCAUUGUUUCAUAUCAAUAUAAAAGGAGGUGAAACUUAUUGUUGCUGCAACCAGGAAAUUCUGCAGUUGAGUUCCAAUUAAAGAAGUAUUACAAAAUAAAUAUUACAGAAUAAUCCAGCCUUUUCAAUGGAACCAGCAGAUAUCAACUCUCAAGUUUCUGCCCUAACCAAUAGAGUGGAUACGAUUGCUCACGGGUUACAGGAACUGCAAAUUACAAAUGAGAGAAUAUUAACCUAUGUUAGAGACAUUCAAGGUCAUCUUCCUCAUGCCGCUCUUCAAUCGGCUGGUGAUCCUGCUGUCUGUAAUCCAGAAAAAUGUUAUGGAGAUAGAACAAAGUACAGAGAGUUUUUGAAUUCUUGCAAACUACUAAUAGCUUUAAAACCUAGAUCUUAUCCCACCGAAAGAUCCAAAGUCUGUUCAGUGAUCUCUUUUUUAAGAGGUGAACCUAUGGCCUGGGCCCAUUCCUUUUUGGAAAAUGAUGAUCCCAUAUUAGAUUCAUUGGAUGAGUUCUUUGAAGCUAUGUCUUUAUUAUAUGAAGAUCCUUUUAAACAAACUACUGCUGAUUUAACCAUCAGAACAUUACACCAAAAGAAUAGACCUGUUGAAGAUUAUAUUGCAGAAUUCAAAAGAUGGGCUACAGAAACCCAAUGGAAUGACAUUACUUUACGCAAUCAAUUCCGUCUCGGAUUAUCUGAAGCUGUGAAAGAUGAACUCUCUCGUACAGAACUUCCUCCUACCUUAAAUGCAUUGAUUCAACUGUCCAUCAGUAUUGAUAGACGUCUAAGAGAAAGAAAAGCUGAAAGGGUUCUUACUAAUUCUACCUGGAGAAAACCGUUCACUACUCUAAAACUACCUGAAAAAAUUCCUCCACAAACUGAACCUAUGGAAGUAGGUAUAAUAAAAAGUCCUCUUACUUCUGAAGAAAGAAUAAGAAGGAGACAACUAAACUUAUGUAUGUAUUGUGCUUCGAACGAACAUCUAAUUUCCAAAUGUCCUCUACUGAAACAUUCAAAAGGUGGUAAGCUUCAUUCAUCUACCUCUAUAUUGAACGUUUUUCAAAAAAGAAAAGCAUCUACUUAUUUUUCUAUAUCUCUCAUAUUACAGUGGGAUACAAAAAGAAUCGUGACUGAGGCCAUCAUUGAUUCUGGUACUAAUGGAACUUUUCUUGAUUUUUCUUUUGUUUCAAAAAAUAAAAUUCCUUGUGUUGAAAAAACUAACUUUAUUCCAAUCAGAGUUAUUGACGGUUCAUUUAUAUCCUCAGGACCCAUCAAAGAUGAGACAAUCCCUCUAAGAAUGAUUACCAACAAUGUACAUUUCGAAUUCAUUACAUUUGAUAUUAUUAAAUCUCCACUUUAUCCCGUCAUUCUAGGAAUUAAUUGGUUAAAAACCCAUGAUCCUUUAAUUAAGUGGUCUCCCUUCUCCAUCUCCUUUGCUUCUGAUUUCUGUAAGAAAACGUGCUUACAACACAUUCCUAUUCUCCAAACUACUGUAGAACCAGUUAUACCUCCAUUCUACUCCGAUUUUGCAGAUGUCUUUUGUAAAAAAGAAGCAGAAACACUUCCUCCUCAUCGGGUAUAUGAUUGCCCAAUAGAUCUCAUACCUGGAGCUCCUAUUCCUUAUGGUCAUAUUUAUCCACUCUCUGAAAAGGAGUUAGAAAUUUUAAAAGAAUAUCUUAAUGAAAAUUUACGCAAAGGGUUCAUCAGACCCUCGACCUCCCCAGCUGCUUCUAGUUAUUUCUUUGUGAAGAAUAAAGACCAAACCAUCCGUCCUAUUAUAGAUUACAGAGCCUUAAAUAAAAUAACUAUUAAAAAUCGUUAUCCUCUUCCACUAAUAAAUGAAUUAAUUGAAAGGUUAAGAACUGCAACUAUAUUCACUAAACUCGACCUUCGAGGCGCAUAUAACCUCAUUAGAAUAAAACAGAAUGAUGAAUGGAAAACCGCCUUCCGGACAAGAUAUGGUCUCUACGAAUAUCUAGUGAUGCCUUUUGGGCUCUGUAAUGCCCCUGCAACAUUUCAACAUUUUAUAAAUGAUAUCUUUAGAGAUCUUCUGGAUGUAUGUGUUAUUAUCUACUUAGAUGAUAUCUUAAUAUAUUCUAACAAUUUGGAUGAACAUAGGAAGCAUGUUAGAUGGGUUCUAUCUAGACUGAGAACUUAUAAAUUAUACGCUAAACCAGAAAAAUGCCUUUUUGAGGUUACUGAAUUCUCUUUUCUAGGAUACAUUAUUUCACCUCAUUCUUUGAAGAUGGAUAAUUCCAAAAUCAAAUGUAUUAUUGACUGGCCCGCUCCUACUACUACAAAAGAAUUACAACGUUUUCUUGGAUUUGCAAACUUCUAUAGAAUAUUUAUUAGAAACUAUUCGGAUGUAUCACAUCCUCUUAACCUCCUCAACAGUAGUAAACGUCCUUUCAAUUGGAAUAAAGAUGCACAAACAGCCUUCGACGAAUUAAAAAAAAGAUUUACAACUGCACCUAUUCUACAACUACCUAAUCCAACAUUCCUAUAUGUUCUUGAAGUUGAUGCAUCAGACGCAGCCAUCGGAGCAGUUCUUUCUCAACAAAAGACUCCACAAGAUCCACUUCAUCCAGUUGCCUUUUUUUCAAGAUCCUUGAGCUCUGCUGAAAAAAAUUAUCCUAUUGGUGAAAAAGAAUUAUUAAGUGUUAAAGCUGCCUUAGAAAAUUGGCGUCAUCUUCUGGAAGAUACAAAACAACCUAUAAUAGUUUAUACUGACCAUAAAAAUCUUGAAUAUCUCUAUACUAACAAAACCCUUACGGCCAGACAAGUUAGAUGGAACCUAUUUUUUAACCGAUUUAACUUCCAAUUAAUAUACAGACCUGGAACUAGAAAUAAAAAGGCUGACGCUCUUUCUCGAAUUCCUUCUAAAACCACUAUUGAUGAUUACCCUCCUAACAAAAUAAUAGGGAUCCUCUCUUCUCUUCAUGAUGACAUAAAGAAUUUGAAUCAGAAGGAUCUUGAACUUCCCAAAACACCUAUACUAACAAAAAAGGAUGGUAUAUUUUAUUUUAAAAAUAGAAUUUAUAUUCCUCCCAUUUUUAGGAAUAAAUUACUUAAGAUGGUUCAUGAUUCACCCCUAGCUGGACAUCCUGGAAUAAAGAAAACACUUGAACUAACUUCACGAUAUUAUUGGUGGCCUCGCCAGGAUAGAACCAUUGAAUUAUAUGUCAAAACAUGUCCUAUCUGUCAAAGGUCUAAACCAGAACAUAAUCAACCUUUUGGAUUACUACUUAACUUACCUAUUCCAGAAAAACCUUGGCAAUCCAUUUCUAUGGAUUUUAUCGUUGAUCUUCCACCUUCUCAACAUUUCACCACUAUUCUUGUCGUUGUGGAUCGCUUCACAAAAAUGUCCCAUUUCAUUUCCUUAAAAAAAUUACCCUCCUCUGUAGAAUUGUCUAAGGUCUUUAUUGACAAUAUUGUGAAACUUCAUGGUCUUCCUGAAGAAAUUAUUUCUGAUAGGGGGACACAAUUUACCUCCAAAUUCUGGAAAGAGAUGUGUCUCUCCCUUCAAAUUCAACGCAAACUCUCUUCCGCUUAUCAUCCCCAAACUAAUGGGCAAACAGAAAGGGUUAAUCAAUGUUUGGAACAAUAUCUUUGAUGUUAUUGUUCAUACCUCCAAGAUGACUGGACCACAUGGUUACCUAUGGCCGAAUUUUCUUACAAUAAUACCAUUCAUUCUAGUACGAAAAUGACUCCUUUCUUCUCCAACUAUGGUUUUCAUCCGUCUUCAUUCCCCAUCCAAACCAUUACUUCAUCCAAUCCUACUGUUACAUCAAAAAACGAAUUUAUGUCUUCUCUAUUUCUCAAAUUACGGGAGAAUCUUCAACUCGCCCAAAAUAACCAGAAAAAGUUUUUUGACAAUAAUAGAAGAAUUCCCCCUCCUUACAAGGUAGGGGAUCUUGUCUGGCUCUCUUCAAGGAAUAUUACCACAAGCCGUCCUUCAAAGAAAUUGAGCUCUCUUUUUCUUGGUCCCUUUCAAGUAAUUACUAUCAUUAAUGAUAACGUUGUUAAACUAAAACUUCCUCCAAGUUUUAAACUUCAUCCAGUAUUCCAUGUCUCCUUACUUAAACCACACAUCCCUGAUCCUUUUUAUAGAGAAAUAGUAACAACUCCUGAACCUAUCAUUGUCCAAGGUGAAGAAGAAUAUGAAAUUCACAAAAUUUUGGAUUCUCGUGUCCACCGUGGCUCCUUACAAUACCUUAUCAGAUGGAAAGGUUAUGGAGUUGAUGAAGACACUUGGGAAGAUUCAUCUAAUGUACAUGCUAGGAGGUUAGUUACUGCCUUUCACAAACGCUACCCCUCCAAACCGAAAUAGUGCACCCAGAGGAUGCCCCAUGAGAAGGGGGUACUGUCAGGUAUAGUAUGGCAUUAUUUCGUCGCCGGAACCCACUUCCGGGUUCACGGCGCUCAGCCCCGCCCUUUUUUCUGACGCGGUCCCUCCACGAUACUUAGGAAGACCGCGCCAGAUUCAAAGGGCUGGAUUAUUCGCACAGGUGCUGCAGGAAGAUCAGCUGCUCUACUUUUGAUCCUACCUGCUCCACUUCUAUACCUCGGCUAGUAAAACGGAUUUCUACCUUCUCCACUUCUCGACCUCGGCUAGUAAACGGAUUUCUACCUUCUCCACUUCUCGACCUCGGCUUGUAAACGGAUUUCUACCUUCUCCACUCCUAGACCUCGGCUUGUAACUCUGAAUUCUACCUUCUCCACUCCCAGACCUCGGCUUGUUAAAACGGACUUCCCCACUCUCCACUCCUAGUUCUCAGCUUGUUGAAACGGACUUCUAAUUUCUCCUUCAUUGGGUGAAUUAACCCUUCCAGUGCCAGAACUGCCUUUAAGUUAAGUAAUACUUUUACCAAACAAGCCAAUUCCUAUUAUUUAUGUUACACAGUAUCUAAAACUCACUAAAGUGUCACUUUGUCUAAUUAUUCCUCUUAUUCAUAAGGGAUUGCUACAAAGCCUAAUUUUACCUUCAUGUGUAUUUAAAGGUACAGUGACCAUUGUUUCAUAUCAAUAUAAAAGGAGGUGAAACUUAUUGUUGCUGCAACCAGGAAAUUCUGCAGUUGAGUUCCAAUUAAAGAAGUAUUACAAAAUAAAUAUUACAAAGGAAAAGGAAAAAAAUAUAAAACCAGUCAAUUUUUUUUAAAUGCAAAAUAAAACUUUAUUAUAAAGCUGAAGCCAGAACACUUCUCCCAAAGGAAGAACUGGAAGAUCUGGCAACAUCCAAUCGAUAGUGAUGGACAAAACAUAUUAAAGGACCUUCAGGUUGCUGCUGAACUGAUUCGGUCAGGAGAAACAUUGACUGCAGCUGCCCAAGAAGAGGCUAACGCUUUAGUAGAGUGAGCCCGAAAACUCAAUGGGAUAGGUACUCCAGAUGCCUGGUAAGCCUGGGAGAUAGCUGACACAAUCCAACGCCCGAUGGAAGAGGAGGAUGCUACUUGUCCCAGCUUGUGACCUGAUGGAAUAACAAAAAUUCUGGAGGAUUUCCUGAUAGCAGAAGUACGUUGUACAUAAAUCCAGGCAAUGCCAUUUUUCCUCUGUUUCUGUUGCAGGAUUGGAAAAAAAGGCAGGAAGCACAAUGUCUUGAUUUACGUGGAAGGAAGAAACGACUUUAGGAUGAAAGGCCGGAACAGUCCUUAAAAUGACUCUAUUGUCUUGAAAGAUCAGAAAAGGAGGCUCACACGAGAGUGCUUGAAGCUCCGAAAUCCUUUGCCCUGAAGUAAGGACCACUAAAAGAACUGUUUUUAAAGUCAAUGUAGACAUCGAAAUCUCUUCCAGGGGUUCAAAGGGAGGAAUAGAUAGAGCCUGAAGAACCAGAGGCAGAUCCCAGGAUGGAGAAGAGGAUUUAAUUGGGGGGCAAUUCUUCAGAAUCUUUCGGAAAAAUCUGCUAAUAUCCAGAACGAAGGCCAGCUUUGUGUCUAAAAGAAUGAAAAGAGCAGAAAUCUGGACUCUUAAAGAACUCACACUUAAACCUCUCUCAAAACCAUCUUGUAGGAACUGCAGAAUGUUUCAAAGGGAACUUCAUGACAAGUACACCAUUCACUAAAAAUGCCCCAUAUCCAAUGAUAAGCAGAUGAAGUGAACUUCUUUCUUGCUUUCAGAAGGGUAUCUGUGACCGAGGCCGAAAACCCCUUACCUAACAGUUGUUGCCUCUCAAUUUCUAUGCCAUCAAUUUCAACAAUUGGGGUGUAGGAUGGAAUACCGGACCUUGAUGAAGGAGCUGAGGAUGGCUUGAUAGAUCCAAAGGAGGUUCCUGAGAUAGCUUCUGCAAAAGUGGAAACCAAGGACGUCUUGGCCAAAGGGGAAUGAUGGCACUGACAAUCACUGGCUCUCAUUGAAUCCUCUUUAAUAGAGGAACAAUCAGAGCAGUUGGAGGAAACACAUAUCCCUGGACGAACUUCCACUCGCAGGACAGGGCAUCCCUGUCUUCCGUCAAAGGGUUGGAGAACCGCGAAUAGAACCUUGUCACUUUCUUGUUCAGGUGGGUAGCCAUGAGGUCCACUUGAGGGAGUUCCCACUGUAGAACGAUGCUGUGGAAAACCUCCACAGAGAGGGACAUUCUGUUGGAUCCAGGGAAACUUUGCUUAGGACAUCUGCAACUUGAUUCAUCUUCCCUGGAAGAUGAACUGCCUUCAAUCCUUCCAGGUUCAAUUCUGCCCAGGCCAUAAGGGGGGGGGGGGGAGAAUCUUCAUCAACUGUUUGCUUCUUGUUCCCCCUUGAUGAUAGAGAUAAGCCACCACCGAAGUAUUGUCCACCCUGAUCUUCACCCAUUGCUGUUUUAGAGAGGGAAAUCGGAGAAGGGCUUGGAAUACUGCUUUCAUUUCCAGGAUAUUCGAGGGAAGAUGAAACUGACCGUGGUUUCAAAGGCCUUGGAUGUGCAUAGAAUCCAGAUGUGCCCCCCAACCAGUCUGACAGGCAUCUGUAGUUAUUGUGAUCCAAUGAAUGUGACCCAGAGGGAAACCGAGGUACAGAUUUUGAUCUUUUAACCACCAGGCAAGCUCUUUUUUCACCUUGGAGGAAAUUAAGAUCUGUUGGUUCAGACCCUGGUUUAAAUAUUGUAGAAGGAAUUGUGACUGAGGAAUCCUCAUGUGCCACUGAGCCCAUCUUGUGAGGCCUAUUGUUGAGGAUAGACUCCCCAAAAGGCUCAUAAAUUCUCUGGCUGUCACUGACUUUACUGUCAGAAAAUGGAGGAUUUUCUGUUGGAUCCUUUGGCCCUUUUCCCUUGAGAGGGAGACUGUUGCUUUGACUGUAUUGAAACUUGCUCCCAGAUAGAUGAUGUUCUGGGAAGGAAGAAGCUGACUCUUUUUGUAAUUGAUGACCCAUCCGAAUAUUUGAAAAUGAUGGAGAAUUCUGUCUCGGUGAGAAACAAGGAGAUUCCUGCUGUGUGAAAGAACCAGGAUAUCGUCUAGGUAAUGAAAAAUGGAGAUCCCUUCUAGGUGAAUGAGAGUUAUGAGAGAAACCAGGACCUUUGUAAAGGUUCUCGGUGCCAUGCUGAGACCGAAUUGAAAAUGAUGAUGCUUUAUUGUGAACCUCAUGAAUUUUUGGUGAGGAAUGGCAAUGGGAACAUGGAAGUAGGUAUCUUGAAGGUCUAUAGAUAUCAUCCAGUCUCCUGGAGAUACGACCUUUACGAUGGAACUGAUGGAUUCCAUUUUGAAGUUUCUGACAGCUAAUUGCUCGUUGAGCUCAUGAAGAUCCAAGAUCGGUGUCCAUAUUCCUGAAGACUUUGGGGUCAGAAAAAGCCUUGAGUAAUAACCCAAACCUUCUUCUCCUUGGGGAACUCGGCAAAUUACGCCUUCUGCCAGAAGGGACGACUGGGGACUAAGGGGUAGGAUCUCUUUUUUAUUCGUUUAAUUAGGAGGUGUUCCCUGUUCAAUCUGAGCAUUGGAGGAGCUAUACCCAGCUGUAGUGCUACCAUGGAUAUGUCCGGGAAAUAUAUACAUAUAUAUAUAUAUAUAUAUAUAUAUAUAUAGAGAGAGAGAGAGAGAGCGAGAGAAUUUGAAAGAAAACAAACUCCAUACACUGCCAGACGCUAUUGCCUGCCUCCUCUACAGCUGACAUAUAGCUGACCUCUCUCAGCCAAAUGAGCAAAGCCCUUAGUUACCAGCCUGAGAAGAGCUUCCUAUCUGGAACAACAGUUUUUCUUGUGCAAUGCUUACAUGUCUUACUUAAACACAAUGUAUUAAAGGAACAAUUAAAACAAUGCUAACAUUAAAAAUAAAUACACUGAGCAAAAUUAUAAAUGCAACAUUUUUGUUCUGCCCCCAUUUUUCAUGAGCUGACCUCAAAGAUCUCAGACUUUUUCUAUGUACACAAAAUGCCUAUUUCUCUCAAAUAUUGUUCACAAAUCUGUCUAAAUCUGUGUUAGUGAGUACUUCUCCUUUGCCGAGAUAAUCCAUCCACCUCACAGGUGUGGCAUAUCAAGAUGCUGAUAAGACAGCAUGAUUAUUGUACAGGUGUGCCUUAGGCUGGCCACAGUUAAAUUAGUUAUUAGCUCAGUAAAAUAUAUAUAUAUAUAUUUAUUUAUUUUUUACAAGAAGGAAAUAAGGUCUAUCAAGUCUAUCAUUUAGUGCAGACUUUUUUUUAAAUUACUAAUUAAAUAGACAGAAGACUAUUCUCCUAUAUUCCCUAUUGAGAAAAUUCUUAAUAUGUGACCUAAAUUUGUUAAGAUAGCAUGAAUAAUACAAUAACGAGUUUUGGCUUACUCACAUCACAUCAAAAUAGUUUUUGAUUUAACAGAGAACACACUUAACAUUUUGUCUAUUGUUUUCUGUUUUUAAACAUUACAGACUUACUGCCCUCUCCUCAUUCUGGUAAGUAUUUUAUAUACUAACUCAAUAUCUGAAGAGAUCCUCAACUUUUCUUGAAGUGGUUCUCCUAUGUUGCUCUAACAGCCCUAACGACUAUGUAUAGCUGGAUAUUUUUUCCAUAUUGGCUAUUUUUGACUGAAUUUUGCCAUUCAGAUUCAAUUCACGUUUUGGAGUUUAGUGAAUUAAGCCCUUAGAGGAAGAUAUAAUCAUCCUUACAGGUUAAGCACAUGUAUGUACAUGUUAGUCAUAUUGGUAGAAAAUACAUCAUAGAAAAAAACGAAAAACUAUUAUAUAGUAUUUGAUGAUUUUUUUUUUCUGAAUAUUUGAUGGUGGUGUAUUAAAAAAAGUGAAAGUUAUUAUUUAGGUGUUAAAGGACCACUAUAGUGCCCUGAGGGUGCCCCCACCCUCAGGGUCCCCCUCCCAACGGGCUGGAUGGAGAGGAAGGGGUUAAACUUACCUCUUUCUCCAGCGCCGGGCGGGGAGCUCUCCUCCUCCCUCUUCUCCUCCUCUUCGGCUGAAUGCGCAUGCGCGGCAGGAGCCGUGCGCGCAUUCAGCCAGUCCAUAGGAAAGCAUUCACAAUGCUUUCCUAUGGACGCUGGCAUCUUCUCACUGAUUUUCACAGUGAGAAACGCGGAAGCCCUCUAGCAGCUGUCAAUGAGACAGCCACUAGAGGCUGGAUUAACCCUAAUUUAAACAUAGCAGUUUCUCUGAAACUGCUAUGUUUAUAAUAAAAAGGGUUAACCCUAGCUGGACCAGGCACCCAGACCACUUCAUUAAGCUGAAGUGGUCUGGGUGCCUAUAGUGGUCCUUUAAUCUAAUGGUUUCAUUUAAAUUAUAUAAUGUGGAGAGCAGUUUGCAAUGACUGAGUGGGCAUAUAUGUCAGCAAGUAUGAAAAGGGUAGGGGAAACCGCGCCCAACAGUAUAUGUACAAAAAUAAAUACCCUUAUAUAUUCCCCUACCCUUUUCAUACUUCAACUAUCCACAAUGUUUGGGAAUCAUUGAACUGGUUACUGCAGCCCAUAUCUAUCUUGUGGGUAAAUACUAUAGUGAGCGUGUAUUACCCCUUUUUCUACAUAUGUUAGCAAGUAUUUCACAAUCAAAAUAAUGUUGCCAGAAAACAAGAGUUGAAGAGGGCCCAAACAAAGCAAUCAUUGGUAUCCUAUCCUUUCCUAUCUCUUAUAUCCUGAUAUAUGUUUUCACUCUUUACAGACGAGAUAUUGGCAUCAACAGAAAAAAACCAAGAGAUUACCAAGGGUAAGUGAGACUUCAAUGUAUAAAAAAUAAUAACUUGACAGCUGUGUUUUAUACUGUUUAUAGUCAAAAGUUGUAUAUUAUUUCUUAGAUCUUAGAGGAAACGCUUUCUUCUUCCCUGGAGAAAGUGACAACAGCGUUGUGUACCUAUCUCCACAACAACCAAUGAAUCUGAAAGCAUUUACGCUUUGUAUGAGGCUGUCACUAAAUGUUUCUGAGAAUCGAGAAACUAUCCUGUUUUCAUAUCGUACACAAUAUUUUGAUGAAUUAAAUCUGUGGAUUGAAUCCAAUGGAAAGAUUGGCUUCUAUAUGAGUGGAGAGGGUGUCUUCUUCCCACCAAUAAAUAAGAAAAAUGAAUGGAACCAUCUUUGUCUAACGUGGGAGUCAAAAUAUGGUCGUACUGAGCUAUGGCUCAACGGUAGAAGAAAACCAAUGCAAGUUUAUAACAGAAGGCACCAAGUACGCCAUGGUGGUAUUGCCAUUGUGGGUCAGGAUCAAGACUCCCUGGGAGAAGGAUUUGAUGCAAGUCAAAGCUACAUUGGAAAAAUUAAAGACCUAAACAUGUGGAACAGAGUUAUUUCACUGAAAGCACUUAGAGCCGGUUUCAGGAAUAAGGAUGUUCAGAAGGGCAACAUUUUUGAUUGGGGUUCCCUUACCUAUACUAUCAAGGGAAAUGUAAAAAUUGUUUAAAAAAAAAAAAAAAACAAGUUUGUGGUCUUUGCAGAUGUAUCUGUUACUUUAACCAAUAAAUACGUGUUCCACAAAGAUGACAUUGGUACUAAAUUGUUCAGUUGCUUGUACAUUUCCUAUAUCUACAUAGUAACAUUAACACUCUAUAU